GGUGUUUCUGCUUAGAGACAGGAAGAAAAUAUGCCGAGAGAAGAGCCAGUGGAUACGCCGGUGACGAGCUCUGAAGGUGCUGUGGAGUCUUCGAGCUCUACCUUGACGAGAAAGCGUACGAGGGAUGACUUUGAGGAGGGUGAGGCCUCUGUCGAUGCUGAUGAGAGGGAUGCCAAACAGCUGAAAGUUCUUCCAGAUGAGAAGGGCGGUGACGAUGACGAGGAAGUGAAGAGCAAGAGCACGGCAGACACUGCGAAGAGGGUGGCUGAGUCUGAGAACAGCAAUGAUGACGGGGAAGCUGCCCCAAAAGACAGUGCUGAAGUGUCCAAUGCUGAAGUGUCCAAUGCGGACAAACAAGAUGUGAAGGGUGCUGACGAGGCCCCAAUUGAGAAAAUAUCAGAGGGUGAAACUGAGGACAAACCUGAGGACAAACCUGAGGAUAAACCUGAGGAUAAACCUGAGGAUAAACCUGAAGACAAACCUGAAGACAAACCAAAAUUCGUCUUUGGCUCUACAACUCCAUUCGGUGCCAACGCAUUCUCCAUGGUCAACAAGGAGAAGUCCAUCUUUGAAUCAAAGGAAGAGUCCUCGACGGUAAAGGAUUCAUUCCCAGUUUUCGGCUCCAGCUCAAGCUUCGGUAACGCUUUCCAAAAUGCUAUUGGUAAAAAGUCCAUCUUCGACACCGCCUCUGACGAUAAAGAUACUAAAGAGAAUUCACCAGAGGCAGGUGCACAGACGUCAACGUCUGCUAAUCUUUACAAGCAAGUGGACCUCGAAAAGACCCUGGUUAAAUCUGGAGAGGAGGAUGAAGAACAGGUAUUCACCUGUACUGCAAAGCUAUACGCACUGGACCUGACAGAUGUUAAACAAGGCUGGAAAGAACGUGGUCGUGGUAACGUCCACGUCAAUAAGAGUGACAAGCACUCGUCGAGAAUCAUCAUGAGAUCGAACGGUCUCCUAAAGGUUAUUCUGAAUGUUGCAUUGGUGCCUGGCUUACAAAUUGUGAAAGGCAUGCCUUCGUCGUUACAGAGUGAAAAGUUCAUCAGAUUCACCUCUGUGGAGAAUGAUAAACCUGUCCAAUACGCUGUAAAAACUGGGAAAGUUGAAACUACACAGGAGCUAUUUGAUUCUUUACAUAAGCUGAUACCUAAUGUAUGAUGUUCAGGAUUGUUUGACGAAUGCCAGGGUACAUAUUGUAGAACCUUUAACACCACCGA